AUGUCGACGGAACGCCGCUUAAAGACGCUCAAGCUGCGCCAGAAGAGCUUACUGACGUCAUUCAACGUGAUCAAGCAGUUCGUGGAGGACUUUGACGAAGAGAGGGAUGCUUGCGAAGUGCCGGUGCGGUUGGAGAACAUAAUCAAGUUGUGGGAUGACUUGAAUGCGGUGCAGGCCGCACUCGAGGUGCAAGAUGAGGCCACUCUGGAUGAGCAGCUAAAGCAGCGCACGGAAUACGAGACUUCGUAUUACCGUGUGAAGGUGUUUCUUCUCUCCGUUAAUAAAAGUGAUGUUGCUAGCGUCUCGAAUACUCCUUCAGCUGGUCAUGUCCAUCUGCCAUCGUCGCAAGUGCGUUUGCCUGACGUCAAUUUUCCGACCUUCAGCGGUAAUUUCGAAACGUGGUUAAAUUUUCAUGACUUGUAUGUGUCGUUGGUUCAUUCUUCGGUGGAACUUUCGAACAUUCAAAAGUUUUAUUACCUUCGGUCGUCGUUAACGGGAGACGCGUUGCAGUUGAUACGAACAAUUCCGAUCAGUGCGAGUAAUUAUCCGGUUGCGUGGAACUUGCUUAUCGAACACUAUCAGAACCCGGCGCGAUUAAAACAAUCUUACCUGGACGCGUUAUUCGAAUUUUCGGUGUUGAAAAAAGAGAGUGCUUUAGACUUACACUCGCUAGUGGAAAAAUUUGAAGCAAACGUAAAGGUGUUGCAGCAAUUGGGCGAAAAAAUUGGGUUCUGGGACAUCGUGCUGGUUCGCAUGCUAGGUAGCCGCCUUGACUCCAAAACGAGAUGGGACUGGGAGGAGUCUUCAUCAACCAAUGACAAGAGUUCAUUUAAGGACCUGACGACCAGCGAAGAGUGA